AAAUCGGGCCUGCCUCUUCUAACCAGCCCUGGCGUUAACAGCGCCGCCUCAGCAGCACCGCGCUCACCUCGCUUGACGGCCGCCAUUUUUCUAUUUCCCCCUCACUCCCCGCCCCUCCUCCAUUCCUCCAAUAUCCCGACUGUCCUUGCGCAGCCUAACUCGGGGCUUCGUGAACCUUCGCAAAUAAUCGUUCGUUGGUUUUCACUCGGGCGGAAUUGCACGACGUAUUUCGGAACCCAUUUGUUCGGCUUGAAUCGGACAGCUCCGGACGGGUUUGUAAGGGGGCAGGAUUCAGAAAUCCCUGCUCGGGCUUUCCCUCCCUCAAUUCGGUCAUAGCCGAAAGGACUCGAGUCUUUUCGGCAAUCGCCAUUGCUUUUAGAAGCCAUGAUUAAUUUAGACCUGUUCGGGCACCGUCGCGAACUUUCGGCCCCAUUCUGUAUCGCUUCAGCUUGGAAUUAGGUUGAUCGGAAGAGAUCGGCAACUAUUCGGGCUUAUUCGGAUGAGACCGAAGAGAGUUCCGGAGGCCUCGGCAAGGGUGGCCAUCGGCGGCACUCGGGAGAGUACUCGGACAAGAUCGGAGAAAGCUUUGGGCAGUUCGUUUCCCUGCUCGGGAGCCGUCAAAACGCAGCUCGGGUAAAAUCGGACGAUAAAUCUCACUCGGACGGCCUCGGCUAACCUCGUGUCGUUCACCCUCUCCCACCCGCCCCCCCAUCGGUUAAGGCCGCUUCAGAUGGAGGACUCAGAGUCGGCCGCAAAGCAACUGGGUUUGGCUGAAGCGGCGGCGGUAGCUGCCGCUGCUGCAGUUGCUGCAGCAGCGGCAGCUGCCGCGGCCGCAGAGGCAUCAGAGCAGCAGCACCAGCAGCGUGUCGAGGCGAGUGGCUCAGGGGCGGAGCCACAAGAGGAAGAGGAGGUGACGGCGGUGACCGUAAUGGCGGCGGAUGCCGAGCACAUCGAGAUGGGGACCGAGUCCCUGCCGAGCACCGACGAGGCCGCAGCGGCCGCCUUCGCAGAAGUGACCACAGUAACCGUAGCCAAUGUGGGUGCCUCUGCAGACAACGUAUUCACUACUUCAGUGGCAAAUGCAGCAUCUAUUUCAGGACAUGUGCUGUCUGGAAGAACAGCUCUUCAGAUUGGGGACAGCUUGAAUGCUGAGAAAGCCACUCUAAUUGUCGUUCACACUGAUGGCAGCAUUGUAGAGACUGCAGGGCUAAAGGGGUCAUCCACACCUCUUACACCAGGGCCUCAGUCUCCUACUCCUUUAACAUCUGGGCAAGAAAAAGGUGGAACAAAAUAUAACUGGGAUCCUUCAGUGUAUGACAACGAAUUGCCCGUGCGGUGCCGAAAUAUCAGUGGGAUCCUGUACAAAAACCGACUUGGCUCAGGUGGUCGAGGACGCUGCAUUAAACAAGGGGACACUUGGUACAGCCCCACUGAAUUUGAAGCCAUGGCUGGGCGAGCCAGCAGCAAGGACUGGAAAAGAAGCAUCCGCUAUGCAGGAAGGCCAUUACAGUGUCUUAUUCAUGAUGGGAUAUUAAAUCCUCAUGCUGCUUCAUGCACUUGUGCUGCCUGCUGUGACGACAUGAGUUUGAGUGGCCCUGUAAGAUUGUUUGUCCCCUAUAAAAGACGGAAAAAAGAAAAUGAAUUGCCUACAACUCCAGUGAAGAAGGAUUCACCAAAAAAUAUCACUCUGCUUCCUGGAACUGCUGCCACUACUUUCACUGUGACUCCUUCAGGGCAGAUUACUACCUCUGGCACUCUGACCUUUGACCGUACAUCAAGUGUGGAGGCCACAGCUAUUAUCUCAGAAAGUCCAUCCCAAGGUGAUGUUUUUACUGGUACGUCUGUACAAGACACAAAUGUUCAGCAACCUUGCCGGGUCAGACAUCCAGAGCCUCACUACCCAAGUUACCAGGACAAUUGUCAGAUCUCAGCAUUCCCAGAAGCAGCAUUGCCAACUUCUCAUCCCAAAAUUGUAUUGACCUCACUCCCUGCCCUGGCUGUGCCACCUUCUACCCCCACCAAAACAGUAUCGGCUUCAGUGGUGAACGGACUUGAAAUGACAGAGCAGCGGAGCUGGCUGUACCUUGAGGAGACAGUCAACUCACUUCUCAACACAGCUCAGCAGCUGAAGACGCUGAUUGAACAAGCUAAGCAGGCCAGCUCUUCCUACCGAGAAGCCGCUGUCACUCAGGCAAAAAUUCAAGCUGAUGUGGAGAGGAAAGAGCAGUAUCAGAGUCAGCUGUUUCAACAAGCAGAAGACGUAGAUGGAAAAACAGAAAUCAUCAUUAAGCAAUCCUGUGUAAACUGUGGUCGCGAGGCAAUGAAUGAGUGCACUGGCUGCCAUAAAGUCAAUUACUGCUCAACUUUCUGUCAACGGAAGGAUUGGAAAGACCACCAGCACAUGUGUGGUCAGUCAGCCACAGUUACUGUUCAGGCAGAAGAGGUUGAUGUUGCGGACAAUGUGAUAGAGAAAGUUAUUGUCUGAAGAGUCCUAUCUCUUCAGUUUAUAGGGAUAUGUGUGUGGAGCAGACUGGCUGGACCAAUCAUCCUGCUGUGAAGUCCUACUGAUCUGAACUCAUCAAGAAGAUCCAGUUGUGGGGUUGUUUGCACAUUGCUGGCCAACUACUAUUCUCUAAUGGUGCUGGAAUGGAAAUAUUCAACGUGAGAACAUCAAGGGGCUUCACAUGUUUUAAGAGAACUCUGGAAUUUACAUUAUGUUUACAGUGCUUUGUAUGAAACUUCUGCAAAGCUGAUGGCUUAAAUUGUUGUAUCCUACAACCCUGCUGGAUGAUGGUGGUUCUUUGAAGUGACUUAUAAAUUCUUUAAAGUGGUUCAUGAGACCU